GCUUUUCCACGUGCGCCUUUGCUACCAGCAUGGCCGGAGAUUGCAGCCCGAAGAGGGAGCAGGUUGUCGGCCGCCUUGCUUCGGCCUCGAUCUCCCACCCGGGCAGGCUCCUGGGGCAGAAUCGGCAGUUUCUGGACUAUUUCUGGGACAUCGCCAAGCCCGAUCAGGCGAUCCGUUUGAAGGCCACGGAGGGGCUGUUGAGCUACUUGCAGGAAAACAAGAAAGAUGAUGAGUUUUUAAAGUACACAUUGAAGCGCUUGAUCGAUGGAUUGGGAGCAACUCGAGAAGUGGCCCGUCCAGGAUUCAGUUUGGCAUUGGCACAGGUAUUGCAGGUUUUUGAGGAGCUGACUCUCUUGGCUGUUCUGCAACAGAUUAGAGAAAAAUAUGAUCUCAGUAGAGUGAAAAAGAAACUUUUCAGAAAUGCUCUGUUUGGAAACUUUUUCGGAGUGCUAGCUCUCUUCCAGUCCAAGCGCCUGGCAAAGGAUUCCAAGGCUCUGCUUGAGUGCGUCCAACUUCUACAGAGCCUUUCGGAGCACCACACCCAUCUGAAGGACCUCCCUAGGAAGACAUUGGUUGACAUUGUUUCUGAGAUCCCAGAGGCUGUAUUCGAAAAGGUGCUUUACGCUAUCUUGGAAGAUGAUCUUACUGCAGCUUUCAGCACUCCUGGUCAAUUGUACCUCCUGUUGGUGGGCAUCCAAAAAUUCCCCAAAGUUCUCCGACCAGAGAAGCUUAAGGUCCUCUUGGGCGCAACUUCUGUGGUCACAGCACAAAACAUCCCCAGGAUUGUGGAAGUUUUGAAAAUGGCAGCCAAAUCAGAGAGGAAAGAUAAAGUUCUUCCAGCUGUAGGACUGGACCUGAUGAAAGUGGCAUUGAAGGAAGGAACCUUUGAGCUAUUCUGGAAAGAAGCUGUAGAAAACGGGUUACUUAAAGAAAAUGUUGGGCCCUGCAGCUACAUGUGUUUUCGACUGCUGGGCAGUGUCCUCCCACUUCUUUCUCUUAGCCAGCUAAAGAUGGUUCUUCAAGGUGAAGUUAUGCGUCAAUAUGGGUUCCAUGUUGUCACAAGCAAGCUGCCUGAUAGGUUUAAGUUUGCCCCAGAGAUGGAGGCCUACGUUGACUCAUUCCUAGAGGGAUGCGACAACCCUGAGAAGCAGCUGGCAGUGAUGAUUGCCUUCUCCACCCUCACCAACCAAGGCUAUCCAGUUGUGCCCACUUUCUGGAAGGUGGUGAGGCAUCUGCUUCCCACUGCACUGCUAAAGUACAUUGACUGGCUGAAGGACACAUUUCUCAAUCCAGACCUGGACUGCUGUGUGGAUUUUGCCACCAAGAGGCAGAACGAGAAGAGAACGAGCGGUGUAACUGACCAUAGCAUCACACGGCUAAGGAAAUGGAUUAUUGGCCGACUCAUUGGAAUCGCCGAACACCCUCAGAUCAACAAGGAAGAUGAACUUGUCAUGGACAUUUCCAGAUUCUGCUUCUUUCAUGCAUUUUUUGAGACCAAGAAACCAUUUUCGAAGAUAACGGAAACAAAGGUUUCCCCUGGAGUUCCUCUGAAUGAACAAUCUCGUACAGUAGCUGCAGACUCAUUUUUCAGUUUGCUUCAGCAUUUGAAUACAAUGCCUGCCCUGGGAGACUCAGCUGAAGCAGAAGAAAUGAGGAAGAAGCACCUCCAUGGUUUGACAGCUAGUGGGGAGCCCUGGAUCCACUGUGUUGUGCAAUAUGCCAACGUCCUCCUUUCUCACCAGGAACAGGUUAAGAUGGUGGUUCCAUUUAAUGAUGAAGAACAACAGGCUUGGGACAAGAUGUUGCAGACCGUAGGAGCCCUGAAAAAAGAUAAAAAAACCCAUAGCAUGAAGACCUCUGCCUUCCAACACCUGCUGCUGUUAGUUGGUAUUCACCUCUUCAAGUCUCCAGCAGAGUGUGUGAACCUUCUGAACGAUCUCCAGAAUUGCAUCAAGAGGGCCUUUGAUGAGACGCUCAAGAAGAAAAAGGCAGUUACAGUGGGUGAUGAAGAAGAGCCAGCAUGGGUUGAAGUGAUUGUGGAAGUCCUGCUUUCCCUCCUAGCCCAGUCUAGUGGGCUGAUUCGACGGGUCUGUAAAAAUGUCUUUGGGCUUGUCUGCCAACACAUGACAAAGGGUGCCCUGCAGCUCAUCCUAGACGUUCUGGAUCCGCAACAUGACCAGGAUGAAGAAAGUGCUGUUGUCGUAAUGGAAGAAACAGAGAAGAAGAGAAAGAAAUUGUCACAAAAAGAUUCGAAACAAGAUGAAGAAAGUGGGGAGAGUUCUGAUGAAGACAGCUCUGAAGAAAGCGAUGGGAGUGACAAGGAGGCUGGGGAGACAAAUAGUGAGGGCGAGGGCGAACCAGAUGAGAACUUCCGUGCCAUGCUGAGGAAUGUUUUACAAGCUGGGAAUGCGCGGGAAGGAGAUGACAGUGAUGAGGAUGUGGAUGAUGAGACUAUGAUGUCCCUCGAUGAAAAUCUUUCAUCUCUCUUUGCUGAGCAGCAGAAGCGCAUCCAAGCCAAGAAGGAUGAGAAAGAAAAGUUGCGCAAGGAGAAGAUCUUGCGCCGGGACUUCAAAAUCAAGGUCCUGGAUUUGAUUGAGUUAUUCCUGACGAAGCAGGCAGGCAACCCUCUUGUCUUCAGUGUCAUUGACCCCCUUCUCUCUGUGAUUGAGCACAGCAUGAGCUCAGACUCCAACAAGCAAGAACAAGAUUACCUCCGGAAGACUGCAGAUAUUUUCACGAAUAGUUUGUGUAGAUCCAAGCAAUACUGCAAAAAUGUGUCCUCUAUCCAGGAGCAACUGCACACCCAGCUAGAAAGUUUGGUGAAGAGAAGCUGCAAGCAGAGUGACUCCUCAGUAGCCCUCUAUUACUUCAGUGGAUCAUUGUACCUUUUCCGAGUAUUGAGGGGAAAUGCACCAGCUGAUGAAAUGGCUUCAGAGGGUGCUCAGACAAAAAAGAAGUGGAAAAGUCUGGAGGGAAGUGAAAUGUCACCUGGACAGCAUUUUGAUCUUGGCAGUGUGGACCUGGAACGGGUGACUGCUGUGUAUAAAGAGGCCUUGAACUUGUUUUUGACGAAGCGUAAGAGCCCGCUGACAGGAGCCAUGUUUCUUGACCUCUUUGAACGCCACCCGGUGAUAUGCAAGCAACUAAUCGAUAUAGUAGUCAAGUCGAUCACAGACGGGGCCCGGCAGCACCAGCAGACCCAGGCAUGUCUUCUUCUCCAGAAAGCCCUGCAGAAUAAGUGUUUUAAGCUUUCACUGUCUGGAAAAGAAUGGGAAGAUUUGAUCAGAGAAAGCACCCAUCAAAUUACAAAGACAUUGAAAAAAGUGAAUGAGUUCAAGGUUAAGGUGGACCGGGAGAAGGUCAUCAAGUGUCUGGAGCUGUUGAGCUGCCUCAUCAAAAUAGUGAUCCAGCAGGCACUCAGCGUGGAUCUGACUGAGCUUUGUGGUGUGCUCCAGACCCUGGGUCAGCAGGAACCUUUUGAGAAGUCCGUACAACUUGACAACGUGUACUGGAAUGUUAUGAAGCUCCUGGGUUUUAAGCGGCCGGUAAAGAAGAAAGUCUCAGCCCAGCCUGCAAAUGGAACAGUGGUUGAGUCCCUAAAGCGGAAGAAAAAGGGCUUCCUGCCAGCCACCAAAAAACGCCAGAACCGCAAGAAGGUCCAGCCCGGUCAGUCCCAGGAUGACCGUCCUGACAGCAGCAACAGAAUCCCUGCUCCUGGCGAGGCCGAGGUUCCCUCGAAAGGAAAGAAGAAGAAAAGGAAGAGGGGAAAGAAGCGAGUGGCAGAAGAGGGCAGGAGGGAAACGUCUGAGCCGGGUCCUCCAGCAAAGAAGGGGGCUCAGUCCCCAGGGACUGCAAAAGGGGUUGCUGGGCCACAUGGGCGUUUGAAGAAGACAAAGCAGCAGCGGCAACGCAAGGAGAGGAAGAAAGGGGGAAAGAAGAGUGGGACUGACUGAGUAUUGGGGAAGGACGGGACUGAGUUUAUCGACUUGUGGGGAAUGUGUUUUGGAAGUCACUCUAGUAUUCGGUUAGUGAAGGAUUCAGUUGCUGUAAUAGUCUUGGGACUUCAGUCGUAGCUGUGACGCCGGGAACAAUUUCCCUCUCCUGGUUCAUAUCAUCUGGGAUGGCUCUCCCAAAAGAGCCAAGCUCAACCAGCAUAACACAUUUUGGUUCUGUGAGGUAAAGAUAUGUGUGCUUGUGUGAAUGGGUUUCAUUUGAUCCUGGCAGGGUAAUUCAUAAGCUGCUCCUGAGCUCAUGGGGUAACUCCUUGUAAUGUCUGGAUCAGUGACAUGUCCUUGGUUUUAAUAACCGAAAGUACCAGGUUAUGAUGUUGAAUAUAUGUAGCUUUGGUUACUUGGAGAUAAAUUACAGAAGUUUUAUUUCUUAAUAAAGGAUAAAGAUAUUUUUUAAAAUCUUUAUAAAAUUAAGAUUAAAAUGACAUGCCAUAGCCUAGAUGUGUUCGAAAAAUUUCCAAUUACACCUCUUGUCUUAGAAAGAAUGAGUGAAACCUCUUACAAUAAACAAACAAUAUGUAAGUUCACAAAAAGCAGCCUAUGAUCAAAACCAAUGUCCAAGGAUAGUCUGUUGUUUUAAAGCUAAAAUAGGAACCAAAAUAUGGACUGAUAAGUGCAUAUCAGGCUGCAGUGAAUGAAUUUAAUUAAAGAGCUGCUUUGUAUCUUA